UACUGCCAGAAGCGCUGCAGUUAUUGCAGCUUCAACAAGUACAUCCCCCGCGGCGUGGAGGAGGCUGCCAUGCGGAAGUGCCUGGUGACCGAGGCGCAGACGCUGCUGCGGCUCGGCGGGGUGCGACGGGUGGAGUCUGUGUUCUUUGGUGGGGGGACCCCAGUGGCUGCUGUCCUGGAGGGGGUGGCACGGGCAGCCUACCUGCCUGCGGACUCCGAAGUCACAUUGGAAGCGAAUCCCACUUCUACCUCUGGCUCCAGGCUGGCGGAGUUCGGGGCCGCAGGAGUCAACAGGUUGUCCAUCGGUCUCCAGUCCCUGGACGACACCGAGCUCCGGCUACUGGGGCGGACGCACUCGGCCAGCGAGGCUCUGCGGAUGCUGGCGGAGGCCCGGCGCCUCUUUCCCGGGCGCGUGUCUGUGGACUUGAUGCUGGGGCUGCCGGCGCAGCAGGUGGAGCCGUGGCUUGGACAGCUGCGGGAACUGCUGCACCACUGUGACGACCACCUGUCCCUCUACCAGCUGUCCCUGGAGCGGGGCACCACGCUCUUCGCCCAGGUGCAGCGGGGUGCCCUCCCUGCGCCCGACCCGGAGCUCGCCGCUGAGAUGUACCAGCGGGGUCGGGCAGUCCUGCGGGAGGCUGGCUUCCGCCAGUACGAGGUCUCUAACUUCGCCCGGAAUGGGGCGCUCAGUACCCACAAUUGGACUUACUGGCAGUGUGGCCAGUACCUUGGCGUUGGGCCCGGGGCCCAUGGGCAAUUCAUGCUCCAGGGGGCCGGAGGCCACACCCGGGAGGCUCGCAUCCAGACCCUGGAGCCUGACAACUGGAUGAAGGAGGUGGUGCGAUUUGGUCACGGCACCCGGAAGCGCAUCCCCCUGGGCGAGUUGGAGCUGCUAGAGGAAGUUUUGGCCAUGGGACUACGCACUGAUGUGGGGAUCACUCACCAGCACUGGCAGGAGUUUGAGCCUCACCUGACCCUGUGGGACGUGUUUGGAGCGAGCAAGGAAGUGGAGGAGCUUCUGAAGCGGGGUCUCCUGCUGCUGGAUCACAGGGGUCUUCGGUGUUCCUGGGAGGGUCUGGCUGUGCUGGACUCUCUGUUGCUGACCCUCCUGCCUCGACUCCAGGAGGCCUGGCAGCAGAGAACCCACUCCCUUGUGCCAGGAGGAUGACCAGAUGUUUCUGUAUCCCUGGCUAAUGCCGGGUGGCCUCUGAGGACUGAGCCAGUACUGCAGUCAUCUCUUCUCCGCCAUCAGAUGCCGUCUCUGCUCCGUGUGUCUGUUGCCUGGCCAGGGCCUCCUCAGAGAAAUGGCUCCAGUGAGGUGGAUGGGAGGACAUUUCUGGUCCGGGAACUGGCACCCUCUUCAGCAUCUCAGGACUCAUAGACCAACAUGUGUUUAGUGGCUGGGAGUUACUCAUCACCCACGUCAGCUUCUGUUUGCCUUUUUGGUACCAAAUAAUGAACAGUGUUUGGAAAUCUUUCUUCAGGGAAUUACCUCCCCAUGAGAACCCUUCCUCCCUCUGGUGCGAGAUCCAGAGGCAACUGUAUGAGGCAGGAAUACCACGUUCCCUCUGGGUAUUAUAAGCAGGAAGGGAUUUAAUAUAGGAAUCAGGUACUUAUAAAACCAUUGAAAGGGGUGGAGAAAU